AUGGAGAACACAACUCAACUUACCCUUUUUGAGGUUGCCCACCUAAAUUCCAGUGUCGUCACCGCCUUCCAUGACGAGGAUAUCUUCCAACAAACUUUGUGGAAAAGGCUGAAGAUCUUCUCCCUGGUCAUCCGCAGCCUUGUCUUCUUAUUGGGGCUCAUCGGAAACGGGCUGGUCAUUUUCAUUGCCGGCUUCCGUAUGAAGAAGACGGUCAACACCAUCUGGUUCCUCAACUUGGCCAUUGCCGACUUCACCUUCAUCUUGUUGCUGCCUCUGAGCAUUGCCUACCUGGCUCGGGACUUUCACUGGCCCUUCGGGGAGGCCAUGUGCAAGUUCAGCUACACCGUGUUAUUCGUCAACCUCUACACCAGCGUCUACCUCCUCAUGGUCAUCAGCAUCGACCGCUGCAUUUCCGUGUUACGCCCCGUGUGGGCUCAGAAUCACCGGAACCCCCGCUGGGCCUCCUUUGUGGCUUUCGGGGUUUGGGUUCUGGCCCUGGUGUUGAGUUCGCCGAACAUCCUUAUCAAGCAGCUCAAGCGGAAUGGGGAUGUGAUCCACUGCCAUACCAGCUAUAGCCCUGAUGCCUACCGUGCCAUGAGUAUCACCCUCUUCAUCUUUGCCUUUGUGAUCCCCUUUCUCGUCAUCGUUAUUUGCUAUGGGGCGAUUGUUCUGAGGCUGAGGAGGGACCGCCUGGCCCAGUCGAGCAAACCCUUCAGGGUCAUCACUGCCGUGAUUGUGGCCUUUUUCGUCUGCUGGUUCCCCUUUCAUGUUUUCUCCUUCCUGGAGAUUCGAGGCCAUGAGGACCCCAGGCUGCAUCUGGUACUCGUCAUUGGUUCCCCCCUGAUGCUUAGCCUGACCUUCUUCAACAGCUGCCUGAACCCCAUCCUGUACGUCUUCAUGGUGCACGAUUUCAAGGAAAGCCUGAAACGCUCCAUCCUCACUGUAUUUGAGAACGCCUUCGCCGAGGAGGAACGCCAGAGUAUGAUGCAAACUAAGCCCGAAGCUGCAGUGGAGCUGGACUCCCUCAACUUAUGA